AUGGCGGCUGGACAUAGAGCUAUCGUUAGAGAUCGUAUGUUUCUGAGGCAAGUGCCACGUCCUCGUGUUUUUCGCGAUAGGAGUAACCCUCUGGAGGACCUAAGGGAAGAGGAGAUAUUUGCUCGUUAUCGUUUCCGGCCGGAUACGAUCUACUUCAUUGUUGAUUUAUGCCAGGCAGCUGCCCGGGACACAGGCAGAUGUUUCGCCAUACCUUUGGUGUUGUGCGUUUUAAGCUAUCUGCGAUUUUUGGCCACAGGAGCUUUCCAGUUGACUGUCGGUGACACUGUCAACCUGAGCCAGCCCACAGUUAGCAGAGUUUGCCGCCAGGUUGGACAGGUGCUUUCUGCUCUUGCAGACCAGUAUAUCAGCUUCCCCUCCGGUGAUCGUGUCCGUCAAGUGAAGCAGCAGUUCGGUGCCAUGGCUGGCUUUCCCAACGUUGUCGGGGUAAUUGAUUGCACCCAUGUUUCGAUAAAGAAGCCAUCGGCCAAUCCAGAGGAUUACAUUGGGAGGAAAGGAAUUCCUACAAUAAAUGUGCAGGUAAAAUGAAUUUAAUUGAAUUGAAUGUUAUCCAUUUUCCAAGAUGUUGAAGUCAUUUACCAUAACCAUCUUAAUCCUUGAGUUUGUACUCAAUUAUAAAGGUAUAUUUAACAUAACAUUUAUUGAACUGAUUUGAAUUAUAUGUAAUUUAGCAUUUUUGAAAUCACAAAUAUCAAACUGUGUAUAUUUCAGGCUGUAUGUGAUGCCUCAUA